UGUACGAAGAAAACAAGUCCUGGGCUUCUCCAGCGGAGCCGCAGAGGCGGUGUCCCUGCAGCCGGCACUCACCUCUCGCUCGGCGCCGCGGCGGUGCUGAACCUGGGCCGGGGAAGAAAGAGGAGGGCGACGCGGGAGAAAGCCCGGGGAGCUGUUCACACCCGCCUGCCCGGUGGUGGGCACCGCUGGAGCUGCAGCCACCCCAGGAAGCGCCGCUGCCCCUCGGGGUUCUCGGAGGAGAGGCGACCGGCGGCCGUGCCGCGCUCUGAUGGCUUAGGAGACCGGUGCGAGCUGGAGCAGCCCCGGAGAGCCCCAGCCCCGAGACCUUGCCGAAAGGGGGAAGCGCAAGACGGGGGCCCCGGACGCUGGUGCUAAUUGAUGUGAGAUCCAGCAGCGAGGAAGAGGCAUGGGCCAGUCCGGGGCCAACGACAUGGCCAGCGCCGCUGCCUUAGGGAAUUUGGAGAAGGUGAGGGAGCUGCUGGACCAGAGGGCGGACCCCAAUGCAGUCAAUUCCUACGACAGGACGCCGAUCCAGGUCAUGAUGAUGGGAAACACCCAGGUGGCGGAGCUGCUGCUGCAGAGAGGAGCGGAUCCCAACCGCCCGGACCCGCGCACCGGCUCCCUCCCAGUGCACGAUGCGGCGCGAGAAGGUUUCCUGGACACCCUUGUGGCGCUGCACCGAGGCGGGGCUCGGUUGGAUCUGCGGGACAAAUCGGGCCGCCUCCCCAUUGACCUAGCUGUAGAAAGCGGGCAUCAGCAAGUGGUCAGCUACCUCCGAGCCCAGCCUGCAAGGAAUGCCGCUCCGCCCCAGGCAUAGGGCCCGGGCGGGUGGCCAGCUCCCUGCGGGGCUCUGCCCUGCUCAGCCACACAAAGCACUGAACUGCAGGCACCAGGUUCGUCUACAGCAGCCGGGUACCACCCCCCAGGACACCUAGGAGCCGCCUUGUUACCCUGACACAGUAGGCUGGAAAUCAGAGGGUGGCAGCAGGGGAGGCUGUGGCCAUCACUCAUUGGGUUGCACCCAAUUUUGUUAAUCUCUAAUCCAAUGCUGUACCCUCCCCACGUCUACAGAAGAGUCCACAUUAAUUGAUGUUAUAAUAUUUCCUCCUAGAACAUAACUUAUUGUCCGGCUUUUUUUCUUAAAUGUAUGAAGUAUAAUAAAGAGGAAUAAUAUAUUGUAAAUAUGCCACUUGGAAAUGUUCUCAAAUGCUCUAAAAGCAAACACGAUCUUUGUUUUUGUUUUAGAUUUUUACUUUGCACAAAUAUGUAUAUUACUUAUACUUGAAAAAAAAAAAACGUUCAAACACUACCACUGUAAAGGAAACCAUGAAGGUAAAUACACCACUUAAAUUAAUAAACUAUUACUAGUCUGACAGAAGGCAAAUCUUUGUGUAUUUCUUGGGUUGCAGUUUUCCUUCCCAGACCUGGAAUACGAACAGAUGCUUCCCAGUGCCUGGAUUUUCCAAAAGAUGCGGAUAGGAAAGAAGCUAGACAUCUUUUCAAA